AUGCGAGCGAGGAUGCGCGAGGUAUGGAAGAGGCUGCUCGAGGCGGCGGCCGGGGAGCCUCAGUACACGUACCGGCCUAUCGCCGACGCCCUCAAGGCUCCCGUCGUCCGGGUCUGCCUCUUCCCCGUCGUCGCUCAGAUCGGCGCCGCCAGACGCAGCAGUGGCUCGGAUUUCACGGUUACGUUGAGGAUUGUGGAUGAAUCACGCAAGGCUGGAAUAUCUGCAACAUUUUUUGCUGACAACACUGCCCUAUUGCCCUGUGUCAAGUCAAGUGGAGAUGUGAUCAGUCUCCACGACGUCGUAAAGCGUCAUCAUGAGGAGUUCUUUGUUACAUUUGACAAAAAGGUUUCUUCAUUCGUGUUGUUUGAAAGCAAAGUAUCUGCUGAGUGCAGAUCAUAUCAGACUUCUGUGAAAUAUCAUGGCAGCAAACAUGACAAAGAACGUUUAACCCAGAUGAGAAUGUGGCUUCCUCUAGGUCUGAAAGAUUUCGGUCUGAAAGAUCUCGAAUUGCAGUUAAGGAAUUUAAAGUCUGAUUCUACUUUUGAUCUAGUAUGCAAGGUUUUGCGUGUCCUUGAAGAUAACGGCAAAUGGAUAUUUUAUGUUUGGGAUGGAACUGACACCUCUGCAGCUGAGCUUCAGACAAUUUCGGAUGCUGAGGCAGUUGCAUCACCCCCUCUGCUUGAAGGACCACCUCUACCGAGGGAGGUUUUAUGCACAAUGCCAUGUGUCGGAACUGUUCUGAAGAUUUUUUUCAGACAGAUGUAUGACAGCCGCAACACCAACAAAGUUCACCGCCAGCCGAUGGCAAGCUUCCCCUCUAAUGUUGCUGAUGUAUAUGAGAAAGAAGGUUACUCAACGUUAAUGGAGUCUUUAACUCAUGAUGAGGUUGAAUUCUUCGGUGGUUUUAUGACAGAAGAAGUGGUCAUAAAAAAGAUGAACAAGCUACUGGGCGUCCCAGAACCAGAGGACAGCGAGGAAGUUGCCCCUUUGACCAGGAAUCCACCUUGGAUAUGUUUUCCGUUUCAGAAGGAGCUUGCGAUGGAUCUCUCUUCUGGUCGUAGUAUCUUGAUCCUCGCGAUUGUCACGCGCCCUCGGCCUGUAUCAUUCGUUUUUAGCAUAUAA